AUGUUCCGAUCGUUAGCCGUCAAAACAGUUCGCCCCGCUGCUUUUGCUGGAAUCCGUCCUGCUGCUCGAGUAGCUGUGAUGCUCAAGCGUUUUUAUUCCGAAGCCAAACCGGCUGCCAACCCUGAGGCAACUGACGCCCCUGCUGCUGGUGAAGCCGCGGAGGCCGCGGAGACUCCAGUUGGGUCCGAGCUGCAAAAGAAGCUUGCAGAAGUCACUGCCAAGUACGAGGCCAAAGACAAGGAGUGUGCCAAGUUUAAAGACGCUUAUGCCCGUGCGAUUGCCGAUUUCCGUAACCUGCAAAAGACUACCGAGCGGGAGAUCGAAAAAUCCAAAGCUUUUGCUUUGCAAAAAUUCGCCAAGGACCUGGUUGAGUCUGUUGAUAACUUUGACCUGGCUCUGGAAGCCGUCGCCCAGGAAAACCUCGAAGGAAACUCGGGUAACAAGGAUCUGAUCGAGUUCUAUCAGGGCAUCAAAAUGGUUCAGGAAGUGUUCGAGCGCACACUGGAGAAGCACGGUUUGACCAAGAUGAACCCUAUCGGCGAGGAGUUUGACGCCAACCUCCACGAGGCCACUUUCCAGGUCCCACAGCCCGACAAGAAGCCUGGAACUAUCUUCCACGUCCAGCGGGUUGGGUUCAAGCUUAAUGACCGAGUCCUGCGUGCCCCUAAAGUCGGUGUUGUUGCCGAAAGCGAGUAA